CCCAUCGUGCCGACGUCAAGAUGGCGGCUCCCACGUUGCGGUGCUUUUCCAGGGGUCGGUGGUUUAGGACCCCAGGCCCACCUGGAGUCUUGCUCCUGGGAUUACGUGAGUCCCAUUCGGGCGCUCAAGGGUUAUUGGCGGUGCAGAAGGCUCGGGGUCUGUUCAAGGAGUUCUUCCCCGAGAGGGGUACGAAGAUAGAGCUCCCAGAGCUCUUCGACCGCGGCACGGCCAACUUUCCCCAGACCAUCUACUGCGGUUUCGACCCCACGGCCGACUCGCUUCAUGUGGGGCAUCUGCUAGCGCUGCUGGGCCUGUUUCACUUUCAGCGAGCGGGCCACAAUGUGAUCGCACUGGUGGGAGGUGCCACCGCGCGCCUGGGAGACCCCAGCGGCCGUACCAAGGAGCGCGAGGCGCUGGAACCAGAGCGCGUGCGAAGCAAUGCGCGCGCCCUACGCCAAGGGCUCGAGGCCAUGGUGGCUAAUCACCAGCAGCUCUUCGCUAAUGGGCGGACCUGGGGAAGCUUCACGGUACUGGACAAUUCGGCCUGGUAUCAGAAGCAGCACCUGGUGGACUUCCUAGCGGCCGUGGGCGGGCAGUUCCGCAUGGGCACGCUCCUCAGCCGUCAGAGCGUCCAAACCCGGCUCAAGAGUCCCGAGGGCAUGAGCUUGGCCGAGUUUUUAUACCAGGUGCUCCAGGCCUAUGACUUCUACUAUCUGUUCCAGCAUUAUGGAUGCCGGGUCCAGCUAGGUGGAUCUGAUCAGCUGGGCAACAUCAUGUCCGGAUACGAGUUUAUCCACAAGUUGACUGGAGAAGAUGUAUUUGGAAUCACUGUUCCUCUAAUUACAAGUACAACCGGAGCAAAACUGGGAAAGUCUGCUGGUAAUGCUGUUUGGCUAAACAGAGAUAAGACCUCUCCGUUUGAAUUGUAUCAGUUCUUUGUCAGGCAGCAGGAUGAUUUGGUAGAAAGGUACCUGAAGCUCUUCACUUUUCUGCCCCUUCCAGAGAUUGACCACAUCAUGCAGCUGCAUGACAAAGAGCCAGAAAAGCGGGGUCCUCAGAAACGACUUGCUGCAGAAGUUACGAAGCUUGUUCAUGGACAAGAAGGGCUGAAUUCUGCUAAAAGGUGUACGCAAGCCCUUUAUCAUAGCAGUACUGAUGCACUGGAGGUCAUGUCUGAUCAAGAGUUGAAAGAAUUAUUUAAGGAAGCUUCAUUUUCUGAAUUAGUUCUUGACCCAGGAACAAGUGUCCUAGAUACAUGCCGCAAAGCAAAUGCCAUUCCAGAUGGUCCCCGAGGGUAUCGGAUGAUAACAGAAGGUGGAGUCAGUAUAAAUCACAGACAAGUAACAAAUCCUGAGAGUGUUUUAGUUGUUGGAGAACACAUUCUUAAAAAUGGACUUUCAUUACUUAAAAUAGGAAAAAGGAAUUUCUACAUUAUAAAAUGGCUGCAGCUAUGAUGAAAAAUCCUCCAGGUGGUUCAGACUUACCCAUCUCCUUCUCAAGAUGUACCAAAGGUUGGCUCCAGAACUUAUACUUUUCCUCAUGCACGUCAAACCACAGAGAAUGGAGUACACUCUAGGCCUCAGAGCGUGAGUAAUUUUAUUUCCACAGGGUGGUUAAGACAAGGGGCUUAUUACGCAAUGAGGUAUCUUAUCUCCUGAGCCGCAGGUAUAAGGACUACCACAGAAAACCGUGAUUGCCAGGGAUAAUCUCU